AAAACAAAUGCACACGUCUACACCUGGCGCCCUGGGAAAUGCUGGACAAGGCCUUCUUCGCCAUGGCAGAAAGGCGAUGAGAUUGAGAGACCAGCCGCCGUGGCUUCUGUAAGUUGUUUGUAACCCCCCAUAACGAGCUGGGAAAGACACACAGAGAGAAAGAAGAGACAGGAAACUGAAGAGCUGCCAAUAGCCUUUCUUUGUCCCCGACUCCGGUGGCCGAGAAGUAGUUGCAUUUCUUGCUAUUGGAGUCUCCAAUAGAAAUUUGGAGAAGAGGUUUGCUGAAUCGCGGCGGGGAGGGAGAUAGCAGUCAAGCAGGAUGGAAGAAGAGCCGAAGCGGAGGAGGCUGUAUCAAGUCUGGAGAGGAAACAAUAAAUUCCUCUGCGGCGGGCGCCUAAUCUUCGGCCCGGACGCGGGUUCCUUGUUCCUAUCCACAGUUCUGAUAGCAGGCCCCCUGGUCGGCCUAUGCUGCCAGUGCAUCACAAAGAUGAACUCCAGCAGUCCAGAUCACAACCAACAAGUCCUUGGCCUGCCGGUCCUCAUCGCCACCGUCAUUCUCGGCCUCGCGGAUAUGGCGUUCCUGUUCCUGACAUCGAGCAGGGACCCGGGGAUCGUGCCGAGGAACGCGCGGCCGCCGGAGUGCGGCGUCGUCGACAUGACGACGCCGUCGACGGAGUGGGUGAGCGCGGCGAGCCCCCACCUCCGGGUGCCGCGCACCAAGGACGUGGUGGUCAACGGGUGCGUGGUCAAGGUGAAGUACUGCGACACGUGCCUGCUCUACCGCCCGCCCCGGACCUCCCACUGCUCCAUCUGCAACAACUGCGUCCAGAAGUUCGACCACCACUGCCCCUGGGUCGGCCAGUGCAUCGGCCUCAUUUUAUUUGUUCAGAGGAACUACAGGUUCUUUUUCCUCUUCAUCUCGACCUCGACGCUUCUCUGCUUCUACGUCUUCGCGUUUUCGUGGCUCAACAUCGUGGCCGCCGCCAAGAGUGUCAACGGAUCGCUGUUGCGGGCCAUGGGCGGGGAGGUGCUGUCGGUGGUGCUGGCCGUGUACAGCUUCGUGUCGGUGUGGUUCGUGGGCGGGCUCACGGCGUUCCACCUCUACCUCAUGGCCAGCAACCAGACCACGUACGAGAACUUCCGCUACAGGUACGACAAGAAGGAGAACCCUUACAACCGGGGCGCGCUCGCCAACUUGGCCGAGGUGUUCCUCGCCGGGAUGCCGCCCUCGCUCAACCGCUUCCGGUCAUGGGUGGUGGAGCCGGAGGACGCCAUGGACGUCGUCGGGGUGCUUUCGCCGAUGAGCGGCGGUGUUGAUCUGGAGAUGGGGCGCAAGGGCGUGCACUACAGCCCCGGCGGGGUCCCGCCGAUCCUGCAGGGCUUGGACUACGGCGACAUCGAGAAGAUGAACGUCAAGGACCGGGGAGCGGAGGCGCCGGACCUGCUUAUGGUCCCGGCGGUGCAGCAGCGACACGACGACGAGGGUUGCGGUGGAGGAGAUAAUAGUCCGUUUGUACGCGAUCAAGAUGCUGAGAGGGCACCGCCGGUGAUGAGCUCCGAUGUAAAUUCUGAACGGUGAUCAUGCCAGAAUUUGUUUUUCACGAGCACCUUGUUGGUGCCAUGAGGGGUAUGCUACGCACCUGACGGUAUCGAGUCAGUACUUGGUAGCAGCUCUCGGGAAAACAACUUUUGAUCUCACCGGUUAGUGGUGCCUCGAUGCUAUUGAGAUUUUCUCCUCAACGUCCCUAUAUAUGCAAGCAGCAGUGACAUGCAUUUUGAAGGUUC